GAAAAUGCCUUUAGAUGGGGUCCCGCUCUUUGUAAUGUUCAAGAACGUUAUAUCAAGCCUUGGCUUUACAUUUAAGCGAUUUUCUUUUUUUAACAUUGUCCACAUUUUUAACAGCAUAUGUUUCGUGUUCUUAUUUGUUUUUUUUUUUUUUCGUUUUUUUCGUGGAAGAAAAACAAAAGUACAAUUUCUUAUUAUUUGCCAAGAAGUCGAAAACUGUCGACGUAAUAUUUAAUGUGAUAUUAGCACAAUUGUUAUUGCUCUUCCAUAAAAUGUACAAAUUUAGUCGUAAAUUACCCACUGCUUUAUUUCAACGGUCUUCAAUUUUACUGUAUAAUAUUGACUAUGGCUUCAGUUUCCUUUCGUGUGUAACGGCAAAAAGUUUCCAAACAGAUGCGGCAGAUGUUUUGCGGAAACGGAAAUUUGUGCCGCCCGCCCCGCCUAAAAUGGCCGAGGGAUCGCUUCCUACAGAAGUUCGUGUGGUUGUUUGUGGUGGCGGCAUAGUUGGUGCAUCAGUGGCUUAUCACUUGGCCUUGCUAGGCUGGGGUAAAGAAACUUUGCUAAUUGAACAACACACUGUUGGGGGUGACAGUCCCUUAUGUGCUAGCGGCUUUGUAGGGCGCUAUGAACCUACAUACUGUGAGUUAAAACUAACUGAAUAUUCAUUGGAUUUGAUUAAGGAAUUGACUGAAAAAAAUUUGCCGACUGGCUGGAAACAAGUGGGAAGUUUAAAUUUGGCUCGUCAAUUCGAUCGUAUGACUUCCUAUCAGCGUAUGAAAUCGAUUGGCAAAGCUUGGGGCAUAUCUUGCGAAGUUUGGACGCCUGAAGAAUGCCAAGCCAAAUGCCCACUUAUUGAUAUAAACGACAUCAAGGGUGGCUUGUGGAUUCCUGAUGAUGGUGUCUGCGAUCCUCAUCUAGUUUGCUUGUCACUAAUUCAGGAAGCCAAACGCAUGGGAGUGCGAGUGAUAGAGCAUUGUGCAGUCAAAAAAAUUUUAACCGAUUCGGGAAAAGUACAACAAAUAGACACCACCUCAGGUAAAUUGUCAUGCGAGUUUUUUGUCAAUUGUACGGGUUUUUGGGCCCGUGAAGUGGGUACAUUGUCGACACCAGUAGUUAAAAUACCUUUAAAGUCAGUUGAACAUCAUUUUUUGUACACCAAGCCCAUCGAAGGCUUAAAUCCUUUGACACCGUUUGUGCGCGAUUUUGAUGGCGGUGUCUACUUCCGGGAAAAAGAUGGUGGAAUAAUGGCAGGCGGUUUUGAGCGUGAAGCCAAGGUAGCCUAUGAAGACACUGCCGUGCCUUUAUCUCAGAAAGAACGUGAAUUGCCUCCGGACUGGGAUCAUUUUCAUGAAUUGCUAGAUGAAUUACUGAGGCGGGUGCCUGCUUUGCGUACAGCCAGCUUAGAUCGGUUGUCGAACGCUUUGCAGGCCUUUUCCCCUGACUGUAAGUGGAUUCUGGGUGAAGCUCCUGAGAUAGAAAAUUAUUACGUAUGUGCUGGCAUGAAAACUAUUGGUGUCGCUGCAUCUGGAGGUAUAGGCCGCACUUUAGCCGAUCUAAUAGUUAAAGGCAGUACCUAUUUAGACUUGCAUACUUUGGAUGUCAACCGAUUUUUGGGUCUUCAUAAUAACCGCAAAUUUUUAAAAGAUCGUUGCAAAGAAGUACCCGGUAAACAUUAUGAUGUCUGUUACCCUUUCGACGAAUACCAAACUGGGAGAAAUUUGAGAAUGUCUCCAAUAUAUCCAGCUCUUAAGGAGGCAGGCGCUAUAUUCGGCCAAACAAUGGGGUACGAGAGACCUAGUUAUUUCGAUCCUAAUGAUAUAAAAGACGAAUUUGGAAUUCCACGCUUUCGUAUGGCCGAGACCAGAACAUUUCAUAAACCAGCUUGGUUCGAUCUUGUGGCCUCGGAGUAUACAGCAUGUCGCGAGCGUAUAGGUCUAGCUGAUUAUAGUUCCUUCACUAAGUACGAUUUAUGGUCAAAAGAACGUGAGGUUGUUGAUUUGCUACAAUACCUGUGUUCCAAUGAUGUCGAUGUGCCCAUUGGUUCCAUUAUACACACAGGCAUGCAAAAUCCUUGGGGCGGUUAUGAAAAUGAUUGCUCGUUAGCUCGUCUUAAUGAAAAUCAUUAUAUGAUGAUCGCUCCCACCACUCAGCAGACACGGUCUUUGGCAUGGAUACGUAAAAAUAUGCCCAGUCAUUUGAAAGCAUCUGUGAACGUUAGCGAUGUUACUUCGAUGUAUACGGCCAUUUGUAUUAUGGGUCCCUAUAGUCGUGUGCUGCUAUCUGAAUUAACUGAUACCGAUUUGUCACCUAAGAAUUUCCCCUUUUUUACUUAUAAAGAAUUGGACGUGGGUUUGGCAAAUGGUAUACGCACUCUAAAUAUAACGCACACUGGCGAAUUGGGUUAUGUUCUGUAUAUACCAAAUGAAUUUGCCUUACACGUUUAUUCACGCAUUGCUCAAGCUGGGCAAAAAUAUAAUAUCCAACAUGCUGGUUAUUAUGCUACACGAGCGUUGAGAAUAGAAAAGUUUUAUGCGUUUUGGGGCCAAGAUUUGGAUACUUUUACUACUCCCUUGGAAUGUGGACGAAGUUGGCGAGUUAAAUUCAAUAAGCCCAUAGAGUUUAUCGGUCGGUCAGCUCUUUUAAAACAACGCGAAGAAGGUGUCAAACGUAUGUAUGUCCAAUUACUUUUAAAUGGUCAUGAUCACGAAGUCGACGUUUGGUGUUGGGGCAAUGAGCCAAUUUACCGUGACGGCAAACAUUGCGGCAUGACAACCACUACUGGUUACGGAUAUACAUUUAAAAAACAAGUUUGCCUAGGCUUUGUGCGUAACGUGGAUGAAGCGGGCAAUAAAUUGCCAGUAACCAAUGAUUUUGUUUUAUCCGGCCACUACGAAGUCGAAGUCGCCGGUAUACGCUUCGAAGCCAAAGUAAAUUUACAUUCGCCAAAUUUGCCCACCAAAUUUCCUGACAAGGAGCGUGAAGCUUAUCACGCUACACGUGAUAAGCCAGGCCAGGGCGAUCUACUGUCUUAUAAGUUCUAGUGUUUAGUCUAUUGAUUUUUGCACAAUAUUUACAAUUAUCCGUUUGUAUAUUAUUUUUACUUUUUAAGUUCGACAACAUAUAUAUUAUAUAUUAAAAGACAAGAAAAAAAUCAAUAUAAAAAUGUUCAGAUAUUUUAUAAUAGAUUUAUAUUCAUGUGUGUUUGUACCUGUACGUAUGAAUGUACGCGUUUACGCUUGUUUAUAAGCUUCUUAUGCUUUUUACUGUUAAAUACAGUUAGUUGAUUGUUAAAUAAAAUAUAUUGCUUUGUAACACACUUUUCAAACUGCUCCAAAUCAUAGGUGAAUGCGGUCUUUCCAGGAUUUUUAAAUUCUAUA